GCCCGGCCCCAGCGCAUCGCUGCGCGGCCGCGGGUCGGGGUCGGCAGCGGGCUGCGAGCAGGGGGCUGCUGGGCACCGCCGCCCGCCGGGGAUGCAGCUGGGCGAGCCCCUGCUGGCUGCAGCGGGUGGGGGACCCCUGCCAGGAGCCCCCUUUUACCCGCUGGAGGGCGGCGGGCGAAGCGCUGGAGGAGGAAGCAGCAGCAGCAGCACCCGCGGGCCGCCCCGCCCAGGCUCCCCGCCUCGCCUGGAGCUCGAUAAGGCGGCCAAGAAGUUCGGGGGAGCCCAGGCCAUGCUGGGCGAAGCGGAGGGGGGCGAGCCGCCCUUCGCCGCCCCCAAAGCGGACGGCCGCAAAGCCACCCCCUGCGGGGAGGAGGAGCUGCCCCCGGCCGCGGCAGCAGCAGCAGCCCGCUACUCCCUGGACAGCCUGAGCCCCGAGCGCUACUACCUGCAGUCCCCCGGGCCCCCGGGAGGCGAGCUGGGGGGGCCCUGCGCCCUUUUCCCCUACCCACCGGGGGCGCAGCAUGGCGCCGUCUACCAGUCCCCCGGCGGGCCGCCCCGGUACCCCUACGGCUCCGUGCUGUCCCCCGGAGGCUUCACCGGAGCCGUGUGUCCCCCCGGGGGCCGGCCGCAGUUUGGCGGCGGAGGGGGAUACCAGUACGGGCAGGGGGCGCCCCCCGGGGGGCUUUACGGGCCCUACCCGGCGGCGGGGGGCUCCUGCGGGGGGCUCGGGGCGCUGGGGGUGCCGGCAGCCGGGCCCGGGCUGCGGGCGCAGGUCUUCCUCUGCAACCGGCCCCUGUGGCUCAAGUUCCACCGGCACCAGACGGAGAUGAUCAUCACCAAGCAGGGCCGGAGGAUGUUCCCUUUCCUGAGCUUCAACAUCACCGGGCUCAACCCCACCGCGCACUACAACGUCUUCGUGGAGGUGGUGCUGGCAGACCCCAACCACUGGCGCUUCCAGGGGGGCAAGUGGGUGACCUGCGGCAAAGCCGACAACAACAUGCAAGGCAACAAGGUGUACGUCCACCCCGAGUCGCCCAACACUGGGGCUCACUGGAUGCGGCAGGAGAUCUCCUUCGGGAAGCUGAAGCUGACGAACAACAAAGGUGCCAACAACAACAACGCACAGAUGAUAGUACUGCAGUCUCUACACAAGUACCAGCCUCGGCUCCACAUCGUGGAAGUGACUGAAGAUGGGGUCGAAGAUCUGAACGAUUCUUCAAAGACUCAGACGUUUAUUUUCCCUGAAACACAAUUCAUAGCAGUUACAGCAUAUCAAAACACUGAUAUUACCCAGCUCAAAAUUGAUCACAAUCCUUUUGCAAAGGGCUUCAGGGACAACUAUGACUCCAUGUACACAGCCUCAGAAAAUGACAGAUUAACUCCAUCUCCCACGGAUUCUCCUAGAUCCCACCAGAUUGUCCCUGGAGCCCGCUACAGCGUGCAACCAUUCUUCCAAGAACAGUUUGUCAACAACCUGCCCCCAGCCAGGUUUUACAACGGUGAGAGAACUGUACCUCAGACAAAUGGCUUGCUCUCCCCACAGCAGAGCGAAGAGGUGGCCAGCCCUCCCCAGCGGUGGUUUGUUACUCCUGUACAGCAGCCCAGUGCCAACAAGCUGGACAUGAACUCUUACGAGACGGAGUAUUCUCCUAGCACCUUGCUCCCUUAUGGCAUUAAAUCCCUCCCUCUUCAGACAUCCCAUGCUCUGGGAUACUACCCCGACCCAACAUUUCCAUCCAUGGCUGGCUGGGGGAGCAGGGGCUCUUACCAGAGGAAAAUGACCCCAGGAUUACCUUGGACCUCCAGAACAAGUCCUCCAGGCUUCUCUGAAGAUCAGCUUUCCAAGGAGAAGGUGAAAGAAGAAAUUGGCUCGUCCUGGAUAGAGACUCCACCCUCCAUAAAGUCUCUAGAUUCAAAUGAUUCUGGGGUCUACACGGGUGCUUGUAAGAGAAGACGGCUCUCCCCUAGCACUUCAAGCAAUGAAAAUUCCCCAUCCAUGAAAUGUGAGGACAUUAAUGCUGAGGACUAUAACAAAGACACUUCAAAAGGCAUGGGCUACUAUGCGUUCUAUACUAGUUCUUAAAGCAUCCUUUUACUCCAGUUGGCUGUUUUAUUUUCAGGGUGGCCUUGGUUUUUUUGCAUUACAAUUGCCAAAAAGACUCUUGCCUUCCACCUUAAAUUGUUGUGUGCAAUUCUAAAGAAGGUGCCAAAGCUUUUUGACUGUUGCAGGUAACUAAGUAGGGAAAGAGCAAAUUAUGAUACAGUUCUCUCCUCCUAGAAGGAGCUGCAUGUGGAAGCUGUAAGCAGGAGCCUAGAUUUUUUUACAAGGUGGGUUAUUUAUUGGAGACACUAAAGUGUACAGUUUUGGCUUGGCUCAGAGGCCUGAUCAAAUCUAUGCACUGCUGAGCAAGGAAAUAGGGUUGGAUCCCAAAUUUCACUGUCUUCCCUGCCUGCCCCUCUGAUUAAAAAGAGGGCUGGGCUGUGGGGGGCUGCACAGAUGCUACAUUCUGCUUUAGAGCAAGCUGGUUCCUUCAACCCUUGUCUGCAGCACAAUUGGCUGAGUUGGAUGCUGCUCAGCUAAGGCUUCCUUUGGCAGAAGAUGGUUUAAAAAGUAAGGCCUGCUUGCCGGGAAGGAUUUUUUGACUCAAAGGUGUUGUUGCUAGCAAUGGUGUUAUAAUGACCAAAUCUGACUUUUGUUUGUCCAGAACUUGUGUAAGAACAUGGCUCCAUCCCAAAAGCCUAACCUUUACUGAGGUGGCAAAAAAAAAAUCAAAAGUGUACAGUUGUGUUUUGUCUAGGUACACUGUAGCAUAUUGUGGAAUAAUGUAUAAAUAGUUGACCUAUAGUUGUUCAGCCAGAAGGACCUCCAGUGGUGCUUUGAAGUUCAAAAGGCAUUUUUUGGUUAAUCAGACUUAGCAUAUGGAGCAUCGCAAAGACCAUUAACAGACUUCUAUUUGCGUGUAUGUAAAGUGACUUUCAGCUGCCCUGUAUCAAACUGGAAGUGAUGUAACUUACCCACUUUUCUUGCCUAUAGUUUCAGCCAUUUUAAAUUCAUCAACCCUAGAGCACUGGCACACAAACUUCUCCCAGUGAAACUUGGUUCUGUUUUUUAUGUACAUAGUAGCAAUUUUUAAUAAAUGUGGUGCUGCCAGGGAUGA